AUGGUCGUACGCCAUAAGCGCUUUGCUGAUAACAUCGUACUUAUAACAUCUCGCACCAACAAAGCUGAACGAAUGCGAAUCAAGUUCGACGAAGCAUCGGUUGGGCGACGACCUGUGGUGAAAGCUAAGCUCGCCGUGGCAUGGUUGCUUAGUUUGGGGAAAAGUCUUUUUGCCACUCUGGCAUAUGUACUGCCUCAGUACCCUGCACACUGGGCCCUGCCGUCUCAGACGUCGGACGGUAUGGCGACCGGUGAGAGGCGAUCAAAUCUCAGGUUGCUCAGGACGUCAUUGAUUCUGGACCAAGGCGACACACGCAUGACUCGCCACGGAGACUGUCUGAGACUGUGUACUUACAAAGCGAGAACAGUGUCCACAGCCGCUGACCUGCAUGCCUUUCUCGGAGCUGCAGAGCGUAUCAAAUUUCACGUGAUUGCUCUGCAAGAGACCAAGUGCAGAAGGAGCGACGUACGACAGGUGAAUGACGGUACACUCGUCAGCCGUGGAGAGAAGGUUCCGUCGCGAAAUGUAGGCGGUGCUGGUUUUGUUGUGCACCCAUCUGUCGUCCUGACGAUUAUCACGAGAUCCUGUCACCUCAUCUGGAUAUUUUUCACCUCCGCUCUCUGCGCCAAAAAACCCAUCAGUAUCAUAAACUGUUACUCACCAACAUCAGCAGUUGAUGAUUCCGAAAUGGACGCCUUUUACGAGGAACUGGAGGAAGUAGUCCGCAACGAGAAGCCCUUCUACAAAUUCGUUGUCGGAGACUUCAACGUAAAACUAGGAAAGGCCAUAGAAGGGAAAUACAGGAUUAGAAGAUUUGGACUAGGGGACCGGAAUGAAAAUGGCAAUCGUCUCGCCGGGCUGUUGUCCGCCGCUCGCCUUUUUCAUGCGAACUCUCUUUUCACGAAAAAAGAUCAUCGUCGGUGGACAUGGGAAUGGCCCAAUGGCGCGACUCGUGCGGAGAUCGGCCACAUACUCACCAACCGGAGGUGGAGUCUACUCGUCUCAGUAGUACCAUCCUUUUGUAGUGGUUCUGAUCACCGUCUCCUUCGUGCGAAAAUACGACUUAGCCACACGAUGGAAAAGAACAUCUGCUAUCGGCAACGAAGGAGAAAAGAAGUCGUCUACGACGAUUGCGUACUCGAGGACUCUUUGUCCCAAGGUGACUGGCAUAUCGAGGAGGACCCAAAGGUAGACUACGAGAUGUUGCUCAGAGGAUUACGAACCACCAAGGAAUUGUUGGAGAGAAGAAGGACUUUGAUGCUUGAUCCAAAUGCACCGCACAUUGAGAAGUUAGUAACAAACACUAGCUGCAGAAAAGCGUUGCAGGAGGAUCUUUUGAAGUACAGGCAGCAGAAGAUUCUGGAAGCAGCACAAAGAAGAACGAGUCUAAAGAAGUGCCGCAGGGAUCUCCGCGAAUAUAAUAUUGCGCUAAUAGCCUUGCUGAGCGAAGACGGGACUUGCACGUCUUCUCGUCGUGAGAUGGAAAUCAUUACGGAGAGGUUCUACUCGAACCUUUUCCGUUCAUUAACUCCUGUGUCAAGCCCAAUCAUCCCCACUGGCGAAGCUCCACCACGGAUUCUCCCUUCGGAAGUACGAGUCGCUAUCAAGAGCAUGAAACCUGGCACAGCCCCCAGACCUAAUUUUAUAUCAGCAGACUUUCUUCGAGCUGGUAGCCAUCCGCUUCAUGUAAUCUUAGCAGCGCACAUGACAUCCUACCUUCAGAAAGAAAGGAUCCCAGACCAGUGGAAGACCUCGCGAACCGUUCUUAUCCAUAAGAAAAGUGACCGAGAGGACCUUCGGAACUACCGUCCGAUAUGCUUGCUGAGCGUGUUAUACAAAGUAUUCACAAAGAUCAUCCUCACGCGCAUAUCUAGGACGCUGGAUGAAGCCCAGCCUUAA